AUGUCGAAACGAACAGUCUUCACCUCCAUCACUCCCCUUCCUCCGGGGAUCUCCCGACAAGCCGCCAUCGACUUCCUCCACAACCAUCGCGAUAUGAUCGAUCUGAAUCCCUUGGUCACCGAUCGCCAUAUCAUUCCUCCUCCUCCUCACGCCCUGCCAGAAGAGCACGCCUGCACCUGGUAUUCCAUCACCGAUAAAAUCUCCUACCUUCCCGGUGGCCUUGUUACAGGCGCAGUCUCAUAUACAGCCGCAUUCCACGACCUGCCAACGGGUCUGCAGACUCACUGCCAUGCACCCAUGGGCGUUGACCUCCGAGAGAAGUGGUCUGUUGCUGGAUCUGAGCCCGGAGAAGACCCGGAGCCGAUGGAGCUGGGUUUGGGGGCGCCGCGGACGGGGCUAUAUAUUCGGGAGGACGUCAUCAUAACAUGCAAUAUGGUUAUGGCUGGCUUCAUUAAGAAGACGAUUAAGAAGGCUCACGGCGUACUAAUCGAGGCCAUAGCCUCAAAGGCU